AUGAACUCUGAACACGACCUUCUUUCCUCAACCUACACUUACAAGCCCAGUCUUCGCCCAGAAGCAGCUGACACACUUCCAGAAAAACAAUACUUUGAUGUCUAUUCGAAUCAUUCUAAACGGUGGACAGAUUAUGCUUGCUGCAUAUGCUUUCCCUGCCUUCCUCUCUGGGCGCGUUCGAUCAGUUGUUUUGCUCUCUUGUUAAUCAUUGGAUUCGUUAUCACCGCCGGUGCCUUGAUGAGCACCUUCAAAAUCCCUAGAAUCGACUACAACGGCUCGACCACCCAUCCUGACAAUCUGCCGGCAUUUCAGAGGAAUGGGUCCUCGAAUACGUUUACUUUCAAUAUGGGUCUUAAGAUUGGUGUCAUGAAUCCCAAUGUUGAGAACUUGGCACUAGACAGUGUCAAAGCAGUGGCAUAUUAUAUAAAUCAACCUGACCAGACAGUGGGUGGCGGCGAAAUGUACAACCUGCAUCUAAAGGCACACUCUAUUACAAAUGUUACAUUUCCAUUUCAAGUGGUGUACGAUCCAAGCAAGGACAAGGAUCACGAAAUGUUACGCGAUAUUGUGGAUCUGUGUAUUUCUCCCAAACAGAACAAUAGCGUACCCACGCUCACAUUUCACUAUGACCUCAUGCCUGUAGUGAAGAUUAUUAGCCUUACCUACCAACCAAUCUAUCACCAAGUGGUUGAGGUUACCUGUCCAGUCCAGGGAGAGCAACUCUUGCUGCUCAUAAAGGAUAUGAUCGUGUCUUAUUUACCGGGCGUCUUACUAAAAUCCCAUCUAGCAGCUUUAUUACAUGCCUUAUUCUAA